UCUAGCACAGCUGUCGAACAAAACAUAGUGGCAAGCAACAAGAAAGACAGAAGUCCAACAGUGUGUGGUGCUCUCUUCUGCAAGGUUCCACAAGGUUGAGAGGUGAAGCCCAUUUCAUGACCAUAAGCCAUUGGGUCAUUACCAUGUGGAGCUUGAGAACAAGAUAAAGGACUUGGAGAGACAAAGAAAGUGAAAGAGAGAGAGGACAGGUUAUGAGCCCGAGUGUUUUGGGGUGGAAGAGAUCUUUCCAAGAGGGUCAGAAGUAAGGGAGUGGUAUCUCAAGACUGAUAUUCACUUACUUCACGCCAACCAUAGCAGAUCAUUGAGAUCUGAGGAAACUGCAAAUUUUGGCAGACAUUGGAGACAUUUUUUCCCUGUGUGUUUCCCUUGCCAAUAGAAAUCCACUCCAAAGAUGUCUGCGGAGCUGGUUAUGAUUCAGGGCAGGGCCAUUCCCACCAAGAAGAAGAAACGCGACUUUUUCGAUGAACUUUUGAAGAUCUUGCGGCGGUUGGCCGGAUACUGCGCAUACUGCAUCACAUGUGGUUGCUAUCCCAAACCGGAUGGGAGCGUGGAAGAUGAUGCCAAUGAUCCCGAAUUACUGGAGGGGGAGAGAAGGGCCGUGCAGAACUUGCUCAUGUAUUUAGAGAACGAUUUGGGGGACAGUCCCACCAUCAAUGAAGAAAGGCUGAGAGCCCUGAGGGUGCUAACUUUUUCAGACAACGAUGAGCUUCAACAGUCCGCUGCUCUCUGCUAUGCAGAAAUAAGCGAAAGAAUGACGGAGGCAGUGACCUCAGAGACGCUGGAGCCUCUGAUCCACCUACUCCAGUGCAAGGACGUCCAGGUUCAGAGGGCAGCUUCUCUGGCCAUCAGCAACUUUGCCCUGAAUGGACCAGAGUCCAACAAGACCACGAUCCUGACCAGUGGCGCCAUCAGGGCAUUGGUUCGCCUCCUGGAAACAAAAAAUUUUGAAGUUCAGUGCAACACAUGUGGCUGUAUCACUACUCUUGCCACUUCAGACAACAACAAACUGACCAUCGCCAAGUCUGGCGCCAUUAAACCAUUACUCAGACUGGCCAAGAGCGCUGACAUUCGCGUGCAGAGAAAUGCAGCAGGAGCCAUACUCAAUCUUACACAUUUACAAUCUAUUAGAAAUGAACUGGUAUCCAAAGGGGCAAUGCCUAUCCUAGUUGAUGUUCUGCAAUCUCGCGACCCAGAUAUUCAAUACUACUGCGCUGCGGCUCUCAGUAAUAUGGCCGUCAAUGAGAAACAUCGAGCCAUGAUGGUUGCCGUGGGUUACUAUGAUGUCAUGGUACAGCUGAUUAGUCUGGUUUCCUCUCCUGUGGUUAGGGUACAGUGCCAAGCAUGUCUAGCACUGAGAAAUCUCGCCUCGGACGCAGACAAUCAGCUGCUCAUAGUUCGUCUUGGAGGACUAGGCGUCCUGCAUAAGAUGAUCAAAAGUGGAACGGGAGACAUCCUCACCGCCGCCAUUGCCUGUCUGCGCAAUUUGUCCAUACACAAGGCCAAUGAGAUUCCUAUUAUAUCGCAAGAUUUUCUGCCAGAUCUCAGUAGGGUUGUGGCACAGAUGGAUAAUUCUGAAGCACAACGCCACGCCGCCGGGACAAUCAGAAAUCUUGCAGCAGGGGACCAUAUUAGGGUAUUAGCAUCGUGUGGCUGUGUAGAUGCCCUGGCGGAGGUGUUGCUCACCCCUAUCACUCCAGUCCCUGUACAGAGUGAGGUGUCCGCAGCAUUAGCUGUGCUGGCUGAUGAAGAUGACACAAAACAGCGACUUCUUGAGAUUCAGGACGGUAAAGUGUUCAGCAAGCUGGUCUCCCUAGCUUCUCUGUCAAGAAACUCUGAAGUGCAGUACAAUUGUGCAGGAACUAUAGGGCAGAUUGCCUUAGUUGACAUUGAAGAGGAUCUGUUAGACAAAAAUACUCCAGGUUUACUUCUCUACAUUGACAAAUUCCUUGGGAAUCCUGAGCCCAGUUUUGUUCACAUUGCCCUGUGGACUUUACAACAGCUGCUUAACAACCCAAGCUUUAAAGAGAGUUUCAUGACUGAGACACGUUUGCAUAAACUUCUGGAGGACAUCCUCUCCUCCAAUACCUCACAGGCUAUCAAGGAGCUGGCUGGAAAUGUGAUACAGAAAAUGCACUAAAGAUGUAACACAGCAUUCUAUUGGCUGAUAUUAUUUCACCAGAUUGUUACA